AUGAGCCUUGCUUACUCAAAGUUUUGUACUUCAGCAUUUUUACAUUCCCAUACAGAAUGUUAUCCAUUACAUUAUGAUGGUGGUUGUGUUAGCAGCAAAGGUCAACAAAUGACAGGUUAUCCGCAUAAUGACACAAACAAUCAUUGGCAAAUUAAAAUACCAGGAUCUUUAUUUGAUUCAUCAAGACCAGAAAAUCAAACAUGGUGGUUUUAUUAG